AUGAGCUACCCGCUCACACCUGGGGACGUGGAUGAGGUAAGACACUUCUGGAUACGUAGCGUGCAACAAACAUACUUCGCGGCUGAGUUGAAAAUACUUUCGAAAGGAUCUCAUCAUAAGAGUAACCCUCGCGCCAACCUUACCCCCGGUGGGCGGCCGACUCAAGCAUUCACUUCUGCAGCCCUAAGCAAAACACCCCCCGAUCUUACCAAGAACGUCGCGACUAACGGCUCGUACUGGAUUUUGGGCGGCCAAGCUCCGGUUCGCGCCCACAUUCUUCGAUGCGUCACCUGUGCAAGACUUCGCGGACUUCAAGCUCAGCAGCUUAUGGGACAACUUCCGCCCGCCCGAGUCACGCCUUCACAAGCCUUCCUUUACUCUGGUCUCGAUUACGCAGGUCCCUUCACCAUAAAGACUUGGCGCGGACGAGCAGCAAAAACCUACAAGGGCUAUUUCGCCGUCUUCGUUUGCUUCGCUACUUCUGCAGUCUACUUCGAACUCGUCACCGACUACACUUCAGAAGCCUUCAUUGCCGCAUAUCGGCGGUUUUCAGGACGGCGAGGCAUCUGCCACACAUUGUACAGCGACUGUGGCACUAACUUCAUCGGAGCUGACGCGGAACUCGAGCUCUCUUCAAAGCUGGCUCAGCAGAAAUGA